CGACAUUCACACCCCCACGGGUAUUGCACAGAUUCUGCUAUCUGCAGGAGGAAUAGCUUCAACGCCGUAGCUGCUAUCUCGCGCUGUGCAUUCACAGAAUUUGCACCCAUACAUACCUUGAUGAACUUUCUGAACAGCUCGUAUCAAUUUUUUUAAUACCCCGACACCGCUACGGAGUCAUCGUUCUUGCGUGAAGAAUUUCUGGGGUCUUUUAACUCGUCGUUCGCACCCGCCUGCAUUUUCCUAGGGUAACUCAACAACAACCUCAACGUCAAUACACCCCGUAGGUCGUAUACACACGAUUGCCUUCAUGCCUCCGAAACUCCACGUCGUCCGCCACGCUCAAGGCGAGCAUAAUGCCACACGCAACUACACCCUCCGCGACCCUCUCAUAACCGCGAAAGGGAAAUUGCAAUGUCAGCACCUGUCACGCACCUUUACACACCACGGCGACAUCGACAUCAUCUUCUCCUCCCCUCUGCGCCGCACCAUCCAAACGGCGGCUUAUUCUUUCGGCCCGACGCUCGCGCGCAAAGAGGUGCCCUUCGUUCUGCUCCCGGGUCUUCAGGAGGUCAGUGACCUGGGAUGCGAUGUCGGUCCCGAUGCUGCGGAGCUCGAGCAGGCGGUGCACGACCUGUUUGACGGCGAGGAGCUGGGGUUUGAUUGGAAAGAGAAGAAGAUUGAUUUCAGAAACGUAGAGAGCGGGUGGAAUAGUAAGAAAGGAUACUGGGCGUACGAGAAAUCCGCGCUGCUAAAACGGGCUGUGGACCUACGCAACUGGCUCUUCUGCCGCCACGAGGCUAAUAUCGUCAUUGUGACGCAUGGCGCGAUCGCGCACUUCAUCACCGAGGACUGGGAUGUCGAUGACCCCAUGACGGGCACUGCGUACAGGAACUGCGAGGUGCGCGAGUUCUCCUUUACGGAGGCGAGCACGGCGGAGGAUGCGCACCUGGAAGAGACGGCUGCGAGUAAGGCGGCGAGGCCGAAGGAUGAGGCGAAGUGGAGGGAGAGUGAUGAGCAUGUUAUAGAGGAGUUGGAACAUGCGGUGCAUCCUAAGGCGCCGCAUGAGGCAUAGUGCGGCUGAUGUAGGAUGGAGAUUGAGGAAGUGUAAUGUUUGAGCAUUCGAUGAGCAUGUACAGCAGCGGAGGCACUAGCCGGCUAAGAGAUGGAUAGAUCAGGCAGACGCACUUUGAGGGGGUAAUGAAAGCACAUAGAAUUCACAGGGGAUU